AUGCGCCUCGUCAAACGACAUAUCGACAAUGACGCAAGCGGGAGCGUCACACUGUGCCCCGAAGAACCCGAGGACAUGUGGCAUGCUUACAACCUCAUUCGUCCUACAGACCUUCUCACCGCAUCUGCGAUACGGCGGGUGACCACCGAAUCAUCCUCCACUGGCUCUACCGCCUCGCAACGAGUACACACCAAUCUAACAAUACGAGUCAAGUCGACGGAUUUCGAUCCACAAGCCGGCCAACUCCAUGUCUCCGGCCAGAUCGCACGAGAGAAUAGAUAUACCAAGAUUGGACAAUUCCAUACUCUCGACCUAGAACUAAACCGCAACUUCACCCUCGAGAAGCAAGUUGAAGGUGACAAUGGCGGCGAAGGCUGGGACAGUGUGGCACGUGCACAACUAGAAGAAGCCAUCGACCAGACCCGAGGCACAGAAGCAGCGGCGGUAGUCAUGCAAGAGGGCCUGGCCAACAUAUGUUUCAUUACACAGUUUCAAACUGUCCUGAGACAAAAGGUCGAGGUCUCAGUACCACGGAAACGUACGGGAGCUGGAAGGUCGGCCGACCAUGACAAGGGAUUGCAGAAGUUCUUUAGUACACUGCUGGACACUUUAAUACGACAACUUCAGGGCCUGAUGGAGAAUAAAGACAGCAGCUCGAAUUUUCCAAUCCUGUUAGCAAGCCCUGGCUUCACGGCUGCAGGCUUCCUCAAACACAUCACCGAGACCGCCUCUACGAAGGGUGACAAAUUGCUCCAAGAUCUGGUGAAACGGAAAGCCUUCAUUGUCAUCCACAGCAGCUCGGGUCAUCUCCACAGUCUGAACGAGAUGCUCAAAAGCCCCGAGGUUUUGGUAAGGCUGAAGGAUACGAAAUACGCCAGAGAGACGUCCUUGAUGGACGACUUCUUUGCGCUGUUGCGGAAGGACGAUGGGCGCGCUUGGUACGGACCAAAAGAGGUCGAGGCGUGUGUAGACAAGGGUGCAGUAGGACGUGGUGGAGGUGUCCUCCUCAUCAGCAAUGCUCUCUUCCGCAGCCAAGAUGUAGCUACGAGGCGAAGAUGGGUCAGGCUUGUGGACAGAGUGAGGGAAGUCGAAGGCGGAGAAGUCAGGGUGCUCAGUAGUGAUCACGAAAGUGGAAAAAGGUUGGAAGGGCUUGGAGGCAUUGCUGCCAUCUUGACGUUUCCCAUUGACGAUAUUGAGUCGGACGGUGAAGAUUCCGGGGAGGGUGGGAGUGAGGAAUCAUAG